AUGGUGUCAAUUAAGUGUCUGGCCACCAAGCAGACUGGUCAAACUGGUACUAUUGAGGAAAAGAUCUUUCAACGUCAAGCCCACAAAAAAGCUCUAAGCAGCUGCGUGGUAGACAAAGAGGAAGAUGUAGAAAGGCACUUCUCAGUUGGAGAAUUGAAAGACUUGUUCCGUUUGAAUGAGGACACUCUUAGUGAUACUCAUGACAAAUUCAAGUGUCGUCGAUGUGUGAACAACAUUCAGGUUCACCUUCCCCCUGAAGGUACAGACUGCAGUGCAAAUCUGUCACAGUGGAAUCACUGUGCAGAUCGGAAGGGACUGGAAGACAUAAUGUUAAAGGGAGCUUGGUCAAGUGGUGUCACAUUUGUUUUUCACCAAAAAUCACAUGACAAACAGUUGGGCCUUUGAUAAAAUGUAAAAACAUGCCUUU